CUUUUCAUACAAUUUCACACAAUAUCUCAAAUUAUUGGUAGUUGGUACAAAACAAGAUCAAACAACUAGAAUAUAUAUACAUGUAAUUGUUUUGUGGCACAUGUUAAAUCUUUCUCCUUAUUGGUUGGAGGGAUCUAGUAUAUGGUAAUAAAGGUACUAAUAUUAUAUUGCCACUCUUUGUUUCUGCUGCUAUCUUCUUUAUUUAUGACAGAGGAGUAAGAGAUUUUGAUCAGCCAGAGGAGAAAACAAUGGCAGAGAUCCUGAGAAAGCAGCUGGCUCUUGCUGUUAAGAAGAUUCAGUGGAGCUAUGCAAUUUUCUGGGCCAUUUCAUCAUCACAGAAUGGGGUAUUGGAGUGGGAUGAUGGGUACUACAAUGGAGAUAUAAAGACGCGAAAAACAAUUCAAGCAGAACAGUUAAAUGUUGAUCAGCUUGGAUUACAAAGGACUGAGCAAUUGAGAGAACUUUAUGAGUCCCUCCUGGAUGCCGAAAACAACAGACACUCUGCAAGGCCUUCUGCUGCAUUAUCUCCUGAAGAUCUUACUGAUACCGAGUGGUAUUUCUUGAUAUGCAUGUCGUUUGUGUUCAAUAGUGGCCAAGGGUUGCCUGGGAGAUCAUUAGCAAAAAAUCAAACCACUUGGUUGUGCAAUGCAAAUUAUGCAGAUAGCAAAGUGUUUAAUCGUGUUCUGCUUGCAAAGAGUGCAUUGAUUCAGACAGUUGUAUGCUUUCCAUAUUCAGAUGGCGUAAUUGAAAUUGGUACAACUGACCUGGUUUCAGAGGAUCCUAGUAUAGUCCAGCACAUAAAAUCUUUCUUGGGGACUCCAGGGGCAAUUUUUGAGAGUGUUGCUGAUGCCGAUCUGAACCCAGAUACUGAAUGGGAAAAAGGCAACAUGUGCUCCUCAAAUGGUAGUUUAGAAGAAGUUGAGCCAAAUUAUCAGGCAAAGGAAUCACUAGUGGCUGAACGCCUUGAUGAUGGCACCUCUCAGCAAAAAAGCUGGCAAUUAAUGGAUGGUGAAAUCAGUAACACUUUCCUCGACUCUGGAGAUUCCAGUGACUGUAUAUCCGAAACCUUUAUAGCCCCUGAAAAGACUGUCCCUCAACAAGAUAAAUAUAACAAGGUUGAUGAAAACCGUCUACUUGAGCUUCAAGGCUCCAAGGAUAUGGAACUGACCUCAGUUGAGAUUCUGGAAGAUGAUAUCAACUACCAAGGUAUUGUGUCCACCCUUCUGAAGACUUCCCACCAAUUGAUUAUGGGACCAUGUUUCAAAAGCAGUAUAAAAGAUUCAUGCUUUGUUAGAUGGAAAAAAGGCAGAUCCCCGUGUAAAUACAAGUCAGGUGGAACUUCUCAAAGAUUGCUGAAAAAGGUACUGUACGAAGUUCCUGUAAAGCAUAACGAUGGUAAAAUAAGGAAACCAGAGAGUUUUGAAUCUGAUACAAACCAUGCACCAGAAGAGAGAAGGCAAAGAGAAAAGAUGCAGGAAAAGUUUAUGAUUCUUAGAUCGAUAGUACCUUCAACUGGCAAGGUUGACAAUGUGUCAUUGCUUGAUGAGACUAUAGAAUACCUUAGAAAUCUUGAGAAAAGGGUUGAGGGAUUAGAAUCUCAGAAAGAGCUUGUAGACGUAGAAGCAAGAAGGGGAAAGAGAAUUUUUAAUGUCAUAGAGAGUACUUCUGAUAACUAUGGCGACAUGAGAGUAAGUUACAGCAAGAAGCAGGUGCUGAAUAAGAGGAAGGGUUCUGGUACCAACGCUAUGAAUGCUAUAAACCAAUUGCAUCAGGAAGACAAUAAGACUGACGACGUGAAAGUUUCUAAAACAGGGAAGGGCAUUGUCAUAGAGAUUGAAUGUCCUUGGCGAGAGGAGUUGUUUGUAGAUAUCAUGGGCGCAAUAAACAACCUUCAUUUGGAUUCUCACUCGGUUCAAUCUUCCAAGAUUGAUGGAAACCUUUCUUUGACGAUUAACUCUAAGGUGAAAGGAUCAACUAUGCCAUCUGUAAAUAUAAUAAGACAAGCACUUCAACGAGUUACCAGAAAGUCCUAAAGGCCAUGUUUAUGCCAUAUUCGAAGGUUCUAGUAUGUUGACGACAGAAUUUAUCAAUCUAUCGAUCCACUAGGACUACAUAGUCGUAAUUUUUCAGACAAUGGAUUUAAGGUAAUGAUUUGAUUUAGCCAAGUGAUUUCCGAUCAAUGAAAGGGGGACAGAAAACCUCGUUACAACUCAGAAGAGAUAAGCUGGGCCAGUAUACAUCUUUCCUCUGAGUAAAAGGGGACUUCAUAUUUCCCACUAAGAAAUGCACUUGGCUGUAGGAAUCAUUGCUCAUAAACAUCAAUCUUCAAUCUUGGUAGCUUAUAUUAAGAAAAUGCACAUCAUGUAUGUACAUUAUGGUUGUGAGGUAAGCUACAAUUUCAAUGAUGACCAACUGGCAAAAGGCACUCGGUCUCGGGGUUUUUGUUGAGGGCCUAUACUCCAGAUCUUACGAGUGACUGAACUUUAAACCCAUGAUCUUGUACUGAUGGAAAGAGAUAGAUCUUUACCAAUAGUUAAAAAAAUUUCUUUCCAAAGUGUUAUGAACUAUAGAGUGUCAUGAUUUAGAUAAAACAACUAACCGGAAGUGAUAAAAAAUUGUGAGUUCUAAUGUUCUAUUACUAUAUCUUAAACUGAGACACCUGUGUACAAACAUAGAAGCAAUAUGGACAAGUGAAAUCAAGCUCUACAAGUUUAAACGUCUCGGUGAUCAGAACUAUCAUUGGUGGAAGUAGGUAACC